GUAGCCAUUUUAGGAGGAAACCGGGAUCGUCGGCUUGGGGCGCGGCUUCAAUUUCAAUAACUUUAUUGGUCUCCCUGUACGCCGAACAGCCGGCGUGCGUGUGGCCCCGCGAUCCCGGAGCGCAUCGCCAGAGGUUGCCCCGACUGGAGCUGCAACCAUGGGAAACACCACCAGCGAGCGGGUGUCUGGGGAGCGCCAUGGUGCCAAGGCUGCGCGAGCCGAGGGCGGCGGCCAUGGCCCGGGCAAGGAGCACAAGAUCAUGGUGGGGAGCACCGACGACCCCAGCGUCUUCAGCCUGCCCGACUCCAAGCUCCCCGGGGACAAAGAGUUUGUGCCGUGGCAGCAGGACUUGGAUGAUUCUGUGAAGCCCACCCAGCAGGCCCGGCCCACCGUUAUCCGCUGGUCUGAAGGAGGCAAGGAGGUCUUCAUCUCUGGGUCCUUCAACAAUUGGAGCACCAAGAUUCCACUGAUUAAGAGUCACAACGACUUUGUUGCCAUCCUGGACCUUCCAGAGGGAGAGCACCAGUACAAGUUCUUUGUGGAUGGACAGUGGGUUCAUGACCCAUCAGAGCCUGUGGUUACCAGUCAGCUUGGCACAAUUAAUAAUUUGAUCCAUGUCAAGAAAUCUGAUUUUGAAGUAUUUGAUGCUUUAAAGUUAGAUUCCAUGGAAAGCUCUGAGACAUCGUGUCGAGACCUGUCCAGCUCACCCCCAGGGCCUUAUGGUCAAGAAAUGUAUGUGUUUCGAUCUGAGGAGAGAUUCAAAUCCCCACCCAUCCUGCCCCCUCACCUACUCCAAGUUAUUCUUAACAAGGACACUAAUAUUUCAUGUGACCCAGCCUUACUUCCUGAGCCCAACCAUGUUAUGCUGAACCACCUCUAUGCGCUGUCCAUUAAGAUAGAGAAACUGAGACUCAGAGAAGGUCAGAUGGCCAGACAGUGUGAUGGUUCUCAGUGCAACCCACCGCUACAAGAAGAAGUAUGUCACCACGCUGCUGUAUAAGCCCAUUUGAAGAGGACAUCACUCCUUGCCUCCAAGGAUUCUGGAGAAGCAUCUCCCUUGCCUUUGAACUGACCCGGCCUCCUCUGAGGCUGAAAGGCUGAUUUGUGUUGAGGGUGAUAUGUGUGUCUCAGAGCCUCUGAGUAGGGUGCUCUGCUUUUGCAUUUGAUUGCAGAUGAGAGCUUUAUGAGUUCAUGGAGUUUAUUUUCAGAAAAACAAAACCAUAUAUAUGCAUAUGAGAGGAAAGGUACUGGACGCCUCCGAGCCCAGCUGGAUAGGUUCUCUCUGCCUAGCCAGAGAGAAGUCGCCAGGGCCGGAGUGGGAAGCUGUGGCCGCAUGAAUGAGUAUACCGGAAGCUUCUUUUCCUAAAGUGAAGGAAUAGCAAACUCUUAGGAUCCUUGUCAGGCAGAGGUUCUGCCACUGUACCCUGGUGUCAAAGGGUCAGCCUUGUGCCAGGCUGCUGCCCUCCUUACAGCUGCCCCAUUGCAGGGUGGCUUUCCUUGCAUGGAUUGAUUCUGUAUUCCUACAGUAUGUGACACAGUGUUUUUAUAUGACACGAGAUGCCCCACAAGAAGCCCCCUCAUUUUAUGUCCCCUGUUUAACAGUUUCCCUAGUGCUCAUACAUGACUACUCAGUAAAGUGAAAAACCCCUUUGAAAAGGUGUAUGGGAUUAGACUCACCUUGGAGACGCGAGGUGCCGGGGUCUCCUUUUUAGCCUAGCACGGACCCAACACAAUUUAUUACAGCUUGUUUUAAUGUCUGAAGAAACAAUGGCUCAGUAUUAAGAGAAAUGCAUAUCUUUGUGUGUCGGUUUGGGCCUGUAUACUGGCUGUAUGGCACAUGCUGAUAGGGCUUCUACUGGGCCUGGCCCUGUGUCCAGCUCUUCUUUAUCAGAGCACAUGGUUUGUAGUGUGCAAUUAGGGAAGCUUCCAUCUUUCAUUCCUGAAAGAGUUUUAUGUGCCUACAUUUUUCUUUAAUUUUAAAAAAAAAAAGCAUAUCCAUCAGUUUUAACAGCUACUAAAGAAGCUCAGGCUUUUGACAAAUGGCUCUUAAGGUUUUCUUCUCCAGUCUAGGGAAUUCUACAGUCUUGGGUUAAUAUGGCUAGCCAUGUGUACCUCAUUACCCAAGCGUUACUUAGACGUGAGUUCAUGCAGGCUCAUUAGACGCACAUACUAGAUUUCCCUACCUUUAAAGACGUGUAAGGUGAGGAACUACCCCGGUAUUCAAAACCGUGUACAUUAUUGCUCUUUGCACCAAGUAUUAACAAGAUGUUUUCUUCUUUUGCCUCUUUUAAAUGUGUUUGAUGGUGAAGUGGGUCACUGAUUACCACUGAAUGAAAAGUAUUCAACCCACUCAGGAUUCAAAGAAAAUAUUUUCUCCAAGUAUCUUGACACUUCCGUUUUGCAGAUAAAUGCAAGUCAAGCAUUAAACGUUGUUUAUGGUUGAGAGACUUCUUGUCUGCUAAGAAGAGCCAUCCGCCCUGGGAGGGACCCUUAGGUCAGUGUAGCUACCUCCUGACUUGCCCACACAUGGGCUCAGCAGUCCUCUUUGGAUUCGGAGACCUCUUUGAUCCCAAGUGUGAAGCAGGGAGAUGUGGGGAUGCUUCACAGGAAAUACAGGUUGCUGAAUGCCUUGGUAGGUAACUGGUGGGGUAAGUACUACUUCAGCCGUCCCAAGCCACUGCCCUCCUCCUCCCUUGUGGAGAACCUUUGCCCUCCAGUGGGCUUUCCGGAUAGUGUGCCAUUGUGGAAACUGAGGUCUAACCCACAGCAUAACCAGCUCGGAGGCUCUGCGGUUCUACUGGACAGCUUUUCACUUUCGUUUUGUUUUCCCGGUGCCCAUUUAGAAGUGGGCCAUGGAGUAUUCGGAGUGUUGAUGGUUACGUAGUGGCUUCUGUUGUAUCUGCACUUGUUAACAGAGGAGCUGGAGUCAUCUGUGUGUUUGUGUCUGCAGUUUUCACUCCACACAGGUGUAGCCGUGGAAGGGAGGGAGGCUGUCUUCAGUUUCAGGCUGAGGCUCUGUGGUCAGGUGUGGCUGUGGUGACAGAGGGUUUGGGUGCUGGUGACUUCAGAUCCCUCUCAUCUGGAAAUGACAGUCCCUAGUUCUCAAGUCAUCCCCAGCCAAACUUGAAAUUCUAGCUGCUGUGGAAGGAGUGGGUGAGGGGGGCUGGCUGGUGACUCCAGUGUUGCCUCUGUCCUGCUGGUGCCUGGCCCCGGGGAGCUCUGUGACUGCUUUUCUUUUAGUUUAAGCUACAGUUUGUUUUCUAUACUAAAAGUUUGGUAGAAUUGGAAAUAAGACAAAAACAUUUUAGUCUUUUUAAAAUUUACUUUUUUCCCUUCACCUAUGGGAAUUUUGUAGUCUCAAGUUGGUAGAAUGAAACAGCCCAUAACGAGGGCUACCUCUUGAACACCUGAGAUAUAGAUUGAGGGUUAUGAGGAAAUGGAGUCUGAAUGAGCUGAGGAGUGGUACCAGGAAACUGAAGGAUCAAGUAACUUGAAACUGAAAAUAUCCUCUUUAAAAGAAAAGCAAUUCAAGCCAGACACAACCUGCAUCCUUGGAUUUCAUUGUACAGAAAACUUAGCAGCCUGCAAAAUGUCUUCUCUCGGUCUCCUGUUGCCUCUCUCCUCUCCCUUUCCUCUGAAUUCUGUUUGACUUGGUUUAUCAGUAAGACAAGCUCACCAGGGUCUCAAGUCAAAUGUUGCCUAAAACUUGGGUCUGUGACUUGGACAGUGUGAAGAACUUUCAUAAUAUGGUUAUAUGCUUCCUGCCCGCCUAAACUCGAGUAGGAUUAUCCACUGUCGGCACCCCCCUGAAGGGCACACCUAGCUUCAAGAGCACUAGCCUCUUAAGUGUGAACUACAAAGGAAGAAGCCGCGUUUCUGAGAGGAACCUGACCCACUCGUGUUGGUUUUGGUUUCUUGUAGAUCUGCUGGAUCUUCCAUAAAUCUUUUCCACGGUGUCAGUACUCCAUGCACGCUGCUAAAGGGAAGGGAAGGGAAAGUGGGGGAUGAGGCUUCCAAAUGUGUGACCUCAGAACAAUAUGCACCUGUCCCUGUGUGUGUGUGUGUGUGUGUGUGUGUGUGUGUGUGAGUGUGUGGUAUUCACUCUGUUCUCAGAGACACUUUCGUCUUCACAUUCUUGUGAUUUGGGACAGAAGAGCAGAUAACUAUUUUAUUCCUGUAUUAGGACUUAUCCUCAAAGCCAAGUUCUUGCUGUCUUCUAUCAGGCUACAUGAAUAGGAGCCCCAGCAGGAAUAAGAGUCUUUCGGAACUCUAGGGGUCUAGGCAUCUGUCUGUCCUUUAGUGACAAUCACAGCUGGAGACUGAAGGACUGAUUUCUACAGUGGAUUUAGUGUUUGGGAUAAAAAGCCAAAUCUUUUUUCAAUUAUAGGAAAGAAGAAAAAAAAUCUCAAGUCUGCUCCUUGUAGGAUCUACUCCCUCAAGAAGUCUGAGCUAGACUUUGUCUCAGCUUGUGUUUCUCACUAGUGAUUUCAAGUAAGCAAGCUUCUUUAAAAAUAAAAAGACUCAAUCGUUCUGACACGAGUUGGAAUUGAUUUGAGUUGUGUGUGGGACAGCGCUUUUGGAUUAAGAUUGGUGUGAAAUACUAACUACUAGGAUUUGUAGGUGUCAGAUGACAUAGUCAAGGGACACCUACACUAAGGGUUGUAUCAGAUGUUGACUGUCUUCUGUUCCCCUCUGUAGAGCACCUUCCCCACUUUACCAUUUUAGGACAGCCAGAGAGCAAUGUUCAUUUGUCCUAAAUUCUGUACUGGGUGGCCUAUCUGAGACAUGUUUGAAUUUGACAGAUACUGGUUGUUUACACUAUAGCACUUUUUGUUAUGAAGCAGGGGUGAUUUAAUUUGAAGACAGUUAAAUAUGCAUGAGUCUCUUAAAUGGUGCUGUGGCCUUUGAUGCUGAUACACAAAGCUGCUUCAGUAUUUCACAACUGGACACAAGUUCAUCACUGGACUGUGACAUGCCUGAAAACUGUAUAAUGUAACACAAAAAUGUGGGUUUGUUUUUUCCAUAAAACUGUCUAAUAAAAGCAUUAUACGGCAAUAA